AUGGGUUGGGGAGAUGUGCAAAUGGAGAAACUACGCCAACCCAAGUCUGCAAUGCGCGAACUAAGGGCUGUGCGGUUUGGAUCGAGCGCGACUCAGAGGGAUAUGAACCGAGUCUGCGAUGCACGACUAGGCGAAGGAGAACCAGAUGCUGUGCGGACUGCAUUUGAACUUUAUGGUUUGCUGGCUGGAAAUGUUAGUGUCAUUACAGGAGCGUACGUGCGCCCAACUUAUGCAGGUGAAGAGGCUUUUUUGAGGAAAGUCAUUACACCUGUCUAUGAAGUGAUUGCGAGGGAAGCUAAAAAGAGCAAAAGAGGAAAAUUAAAGGAUUUACAGCAGAGGAAUUAUGAUGUCCUAAAUCAAUACUUCAGGUCUGUUGAUUGUUUUCGGUUAGGUUGGCCAUUGCGUCCGGAUAUCCUCCACAUGCCUCUUGCACAGCUUCCUUCUAAGAGAAAUGCGGUAAGAAAUUAUUGUGGUGACUCAAGUGCCAAUAUCAAGAAUCCUAUAUGCUUUCCCGAACAUCUUCACUUUCUUCAGAACGUCUGGUGCAUCACUAAGCAUCCCUAUGCAUCUCUAUGGCUAAUGGCUUAAGAGGAAACCUUUUCUUCUUUAGAGAUCCCUAUGAACAAUAGACUGUUUCCAUGUAUGAAUAAAAUCUCCCAUUUCCAUUUCAAGACUACAGUAUACGCAUUAAGUUU